UGAGUUUUAGUGUGUAAAAGAUAGUAGAAAAUCAGGCACGUGGAAACAUGUCUGGGAAACCCAAGCUGCACUACUUCAAUGGACGAGGCCGAAUGGAAUCAAUACGGUGGCUACUAGCAGCAGCUGGCGUUGAGUUUGAAGAAUGUUUUCUGGAAGCAAAGGAUGAUCUGGUAAAGUUACAGAAGGAUGGAUCCCUGCUGUUUCAGCAAGUGCCAAUGGUGGAGAUCGAUGGGAUGAAGAUGGUGCAGACCAAAGCCAUCCUCAGCUACAUAGCAGGGAAAUACAACCUCUACGGGAAGGACCUGAAGGAGAGAGCCCUAAUUGAUAUGUAUGUGGAAGGAAUGAUAGAUUUGAAUGAGUUACUCAUGGUCCAUACUUUCCAACCAGCCGAAAAAAAGGAGCAACAUUUUGCCACUCUUGUGGACAAGGCCACAAACAGAUACUUCCCAGUCUUUGAGAAGGUUUUAAAAGACCACGGACAAGAUUUUCUUGUUGGCAACCAGUUUAGCAGGGCCGAUGUGCAGUUAUUGGAGACCCUUCUAACGGCAGAAGAAUUCAAGCCUGAUAUACUUGCCAAAUUUCCCCUCUUGCAGAGUUUUAAAGCAAGAACAAGCAAUAUCCCCACAAUAAAGAAAUUCCUGCAGCCUGGCAGCCAGAGGAAACCACCACUGCAAGAAAAAGAUGUGGAGAAAGUGAUGAAAAUUUUCCACUGAGCAGCAACCUGAACACACAGAAACUCUACUUCCUUGUCUUUGUGUUUUCUAGUAGUGGCCAAGCGAACUUAAGGAAGAUAGAUAGUGAAAAGGUUUUGAUCUCUCUUUCCUUAGCUGCAGGAUUGGUUUUAGCUUAUUGCAAACACUUGCAAGGUUGAUCUACAUGAGCAUACCAGCAAAUGAAACUGUUCUCUGAAUUGGGCGGUGCAUUGGACAACACAAGAUGUCUUAAAUAACUUAAGAGAAUACUUGAAAUAAAGUUUUACUACUGACACUCAAACCCAGUUUAUUCAGUGACUUCUUACUGCUACUUACAUACCUAAGGGCUUUCUGGUUCCAUCUUCCUAGCAUUCCCAACAGAUGCUGGAAAAAACAAGAGAGCUCAGCCCAACAUAUCUGUUUUGGGAAAAGCCUGCAGGUUGUGGUUUGGUGGUGAUGACAGGUUUGGAUUCAGCUUUCCUCUGAACUUAACUUGGAACAAGCUGGGACCGGAUGUCCUACCGCACCUCUGUUUUGUCACUAGACAUUUAAACUCUGGUAGCUUUACCAGUGUUUCCUUUAACAAAAGGUCUAUUGUAGCAGCUAAAAGCACUUCACAGGCUUGACCUGAGAGAUAAAUGCUUACCACCAACUGCAAAG